UGACGUGGAAAACUGUUGGAAACACGCUCCUGAGGCUCGAGCGGCUUGUUGGCAGCAUGCGGAGUGGCGAGAUAAAGGGAACAGCGGUGGGCGGAGAUAGUCGAAAAUCGGCCGUCGCGUGCAUUUUUUGCCGAGCUCUGACUUAUAACAUAACCACGCAGCGCGUAUGUAGGUGCAUACAGAAAUGUCGUCAGACAAAUCGCGAUUUAAAGAUAGGUUUAUGAAGAAACAAGAAAUACGACGAAGGAAAAAGGUGCGAGAGGCCAAUUCUAAGCGAUGGCAAGAAUGUCGUAGUGAUAGUUUCAAUUCUACGCGAGAUCAGCAAAAUGCAUGUGCAUCGACAAAACCCGCUUGUGUUGGAAAUCGAAUUGUCAAUAUACAAGCUUUAGGGAAAAAUCUCAAGUGCCAUAGCUGUAAAAGUACUUUAUCUUUAGAGAAUAUUGUGAACGAAACAAAAAAAGGAUUACAUUCAAUCUUCACCGUAAUUUGUCAGCAAUGUCAAGUCGCUUGUCGGGUGGACACCGGAGAUAAUCACGCUGUCAAUAACGAGGCUACAGUUUAUCUCAUAGACAAGAUUCACAAUGAUCUCACAACAAAUGUAGUUUUAGGUAAGUGUAUGUUACAUGCUGGAGUGGGUAGUACAGAAUUAAACAAGAUUUUAGCCUGCCUCGAUAUUCCUACAAGCUCACCUAGAUUAUUAAAGAAAUAUGAACAGGAGGUUGGACCAGCAAUUGAAGCAGCAGCUAGAAGAAGCUGCAGAAAAGCUGCAUCUACAGAAAGAAAACUAGUCUUAGAACAACUAGAUGAACUUGUAACGGCCGAACUCCGCGGUUCGGUCGUCGCUACGCGUUGUGCGCGGAUAAGACUCGUCGGAGUCCGGGUUCGAGGAGGAGUAAAGCAGCGAGACACUUGAGAGUGGAAAUAUAAAUAACUUAGAUUUAUUCUAUGCUUACUUAUAUACAAGAGCUCGGCCCCGAAGGCGUUGUCGCGGGUCGCGUCUAUUAGGCGCGUCGGUACGGUACGGUGCGGUGCGGUGUGCGGUACACGCGCGUAUAGAGACGGACAGGCCGCGCGGGAGGCGGGGCCUAUUGCGCGAUGCGUGUAGACGGUAACGGCGCGGUGAUCGGUCUCGCUUCGCGACACUGGGCGUCUCGGACAAUUAUCGCCCAAUACUCAGCUCGAAAUCGCUCGCGUAUAGAUGGUCGCCGGGCCGGAGAUUUCGACUCUCGGUCGAACGCACGCACGCAAGUCGCAGAAUGAUUUCGUCCGUCGGGGCCGAGGAUUCUCGACAGAGAAGACGUACGCACCUUCCCUUUUCCCUACGUUCGCGGAGGAAAGCGACCAAGUGCUGCGGACACUCAGCGGAGACGGCGGACGCACCGUCCUGGGUCCUUGGUCGCUAGACGGAUCGUCUAAAGGCUGAGUAUGUUCAAUGGAGUUCGCCGACGGACGAACUCCUGACUCAAGGCGGCGGAUAAAGGCUAGAGAUUGCCGAGUACGCUCGACUGAGCACGUGCACGCACGAGCCCAGGAAGACGGGAGACGGCCAAGUAUCGAGCACGCUCGAUCGAGACUGCGGACGUAAAUCCCGUUUGCUUAGUCGCCGGUCGGGUAGUCGGAAAACGGAAGGCAGAGCGAAACGGUCCGGAUAUUCUCACUAUCGGCAUGAAGCAUCUAGGUCGAAUCGGCGGUACGGAUUGGUCUGGUCUGGUGUUCAGGAGCUCGAUCGCCGCCGUUUUAUAGUCGUAUUCUCUACGACUGAUACGGCGGCGAUCGAGCGGCGCGCCUAUCAGCGCGAGACACGGCGACGGCGCGUGAUCGCGGUCGCACGCGCUAGCGGCAGCGCGUGAUCGCCGCGGCGUGCGAUAGCGGCGACGCGAGAUAACGGCGCGCGAUCAGUAAUCUCGAUUGAUUAGGAUGGCGCAAAGCGCCGUUCUUCGGCCCGUGGUCGGUCGGGCUGGUGGUAACGAGGUGCAUUUGCGCCUCGUUACAAACUACGUAAAGAAAUGUAAAUAUAAAUGCGUAACUUGAAUAUGAGUUUUCAAUGUAUCAAAUUGUAAAAAUGUAUGAAUU